AGUAAUUGAAUAGCACAAAAUCAAUAUGGGGACCACACCCCUUUCCCCACCACAACCAAGCAUUUUUCUUUUCUAUAUUCAAAUUUCUUAAAUUUUUUAAAAAUUGAAAAGAAAAAAAGAGAUUAUUUUAACAUUUUCUUUGGUUUCUUCUUCUUUGCUUCUUCUGCGGAAUGAUCCCUUUCUCAUGGUUUAGCCCGUAGUAUUCUUAAUUCUCUCACUUUCUCUCUCUACAAUUCCUGCUUUCUUUCUCUCCUUAGAUUCUUUUUUUUUUUUUCUCUUUCUUUCUGUUUCUGCUUGCGCAUUGGCUAAGCUUAAUUGUUAGAUCUCUCUUGUUUUUUUCUAAUUUCUUCUAUUAAGCAUCAAUGCUCAGUUCAAGUUUUUGACAGAUGGACAUUGUUGGAAAUAAAUUUAAAGAGAUUACUUAUACAGAGGUUUUGAUAGAGAUCGUGGACUGGUUAUUUAGAUGAUAAGAGCUUGUUGCAGCUUGUAGAAGCUGCACUUAAGCAUGUUGAUAAUAUUUUGGCUGAUAUUCAAUCAUUCUUACAAUGACAACUGGGUCCCUGUCUAUGUUGUAUAUAACAAGCUACAGUUUAGCACUAAACCGUAUAUGCAAGCUAGCAACUCACACUCUGUUGACAGAGUAGACACCUUUAGUUGGAGGUUCUUAGAAGUCCAUUGACAAGUUUUUGACUGUCAUCUUCUACAAUCUAAUAAUGGAAAGAUAUAAAAUUCUGGGAGAGCUUGGUGAUGGUACUUGUGGUAAUGUGUUUAAAGCCAUCAAUGUAGAAACAUAUGAAAUUGUUGCUGUGAAGAAAAUGAAGAGAAAGUUCUAUUUCUGGGAAGAAUGCAUGAACCUGAGAGAAGUAAAAGUAUGUUUUAUGGUAGUCUUUGUAUAUUCAAAUGCUCUCAUGUCAUUUACACUCUGUACAUUACUGAAUUUAAUUGUCUUGCAGGCCCUUCGUAAAUUGAAUCAUCCUAAUAUUAUAAAAUUGAAGGAGGUUGUCAGAGAAAACAAUGAACUAUUCUUCAUUUUUGAGUAUAUGGAAUACAAUCUAUACCAAAUCAUGAGAGAACGAGAAAGACCUUUUACAGAAGAAGAGAUACGAAGUUUUAUGUCUCAGAUGCUCCAAGGACUUGCUCACAUGCACAGGAAUGGGUAUCUUCAUCGAGAUCUUAAACCUGAGAAUUUGUUGGUGACAAAUGAUGUUCUUAAAAUUGCCGACUUUGGACUGGCUAGAGAAGUUUCAUCAGCACCUCCUUACACAGAAUAUGUGUCCACACGGUGGUACCGAGCUCCUGAAGUUUUGUUGCAGUCCUCAACAUAUACUCCUGCAAUUGAUAUGUGGGCAGUUGGCACAAUACUAGCUGAGCUAUUUACUUUGUCCCCUAUUUUCCCUGGUGAAAGUGAAAUAGAUCAAUUAUACAAGAUAUGCUGUGUUCUUGGUACACCUGAUUGGACUACAUUCCCUGGAGCUACAAAUAUCUCUCGAUUGAUGAAUAUUUGCUACUCAGAGAUAUUGCCUGCCAACCUAUGUGACAUCAUUCCUAACGCUAGCUUGGAAGCCAUUGAUUUGAUCAUGCGGUUAUGUUCAUGGGACCCAUUAAAGAGGCCAACUGCAGAACAAGCACUGCAACAUCCAUUUUUCCAUGUGGGUAUGUGGGUUCCUUAUCCAAUUCGAGAUCCGCUGGAGCUAAAGCUAAAUAGUAUAGGUGCGAAGCCAAAUCUUGAGUUAAAUCUGUGGGAUUUUGGUGCUGAACCUGAUGACUGUUUCCUUGGUUUGACAUUGGCUGUGAAACCCAGUAUUUCAAAUUUGGAUGCUGUCCACAAUGUUUCUCAAGGUAUGGAGGAGAAUAUUCUAUUUUGCUCUGAUUUGAAAGAUCAUCAAGAACAGUCAGUGUUUUGGUCACUACUAUCUCCUGAUCAAAAUGGACUCCACCCUCCAGUUCAGUCAUCAUUGUCAUUGUCAUUCAGUUCAAUUCAGCAUCCAUCAGUUGUUCCACAAUCAUCUGGAUUUGCAAUUACAUCACUACAGCCUAACAUCUUAGAUUGCCCAUUGUUGGGAAUGUCCUCCCCAACAUUACCUCUGACCCAUUCAAGUGUGAUCCAAUAAGGAGGAUGUAUAAAUAAUCUGUAAUUUAUAGCAAUACUUGAUUUUGUAAAGUUCCUUCUUGGCACUUCUAUAGAUUUGUUCCGGCUUGAUGCAGCUGCAAUCUUCGUCGUUCAGAAAUUAGAAUACGUAUCUGGGAAUAUUGGCUUGGAAAAGAGUUUCUAGACUCCAGUUUAUCUGAUGGCGCCUAGACCUCUGUGCAGAUUCUUUUCAAUUUUUUUUUCAAUUUUCUUUUAAGAACCCUAGGAACUCAUUUGGUAUAGAUGGGAAUUUUAUGGUGCAAAUUCCAAUUUGACAUGCCUUGUAUACUCCUUUGAAAUCCAUAUCUUUAAUCCUGUUACUUAACA